CCUCGGAGAAUUGGGCUCUAGUUGCUAUCUUCCUUAAACUUUAGAUUCUUCUCUAUCAAGAUCACAAAACCCAGCAGCUAAGACUUCGUUUUCCUUCGCAAGAUGCGCUUCGCUCACCUCGUCAGGUUUGCUGCAGUGAUGUCGCUCACCUUGACUGCUACAGCAGGCAUCGCAGUCAGGAGCGCAAAUGCGACGGAAAUUCAAGUCUCUUCAACCGACAACUCCACUCAGGAUUUCGAAUCCCUCCGGGGUGGAGCCUCAGCCACCUGUCACUCAUUCACGAUUAACCCGCGCUACUUCACCUUGUUAUACGCAACCUGUCGUGACCACCUGGGCUUCUGGAAGAUGGGCCAUCUCGACUUGAACCUUUGCCUAGCAAAUUCUUGUGGCAACCUUGAGGGUCGCGUAAGGUAGGUCGCUAGUUAACAGCGAAUCCGUUCGCUAUAAAGACAGUGAAUUGUCUUUAGGCUAAUGACACCU